AGAAAAAUACUGGAGAGAGGGAUGGCGACGUUGUACUACACUUCCCAAAACGCUUUGCGCGGUAAUAUAGAGGAUAGGUCCGCUGUCGUUUUUUCGGCUGCGUAAAGGGAAGCGCGAGGGUGUGCGCACGCUCUCUACACAAAAACAAGAGCGGCGUGUGAGCUGUUGCGAGGAGGAGGAGGAGGAGGAGAAGAGAGUGAGCGCAGUGGAGGCUGGAGGUGAGCGCGGCGCAUCCGGCCGCUCCUGCGUCUGACAGGUUCCUUUCCCGGCAGAGGCGGUGUCGGUGGCAACCUCAGGGGCAAAGGAGGCAUCAACCGGCGGUGUAGAUCCCCGUCCCCUACUCCUGGCUGCCCAAAGACGACGGUGAGGGGCGCCCUCCUCUCCAGGGCGAGCGGGGACAGGGCUCUGCAGCAUGAGCAUCACCAGAGCUGCUCGGAGAACUGUAGCGGAGACGGGGCUGGCGACGCAGCUCCUGUUGGCGGUGGUGACUGUUGGCUGCCUCUGGCGUGCGAUAGAGGCCCAGUUAACAGGAGUACUUGAUGACUGCUUAUGUGACAUUGAAAGCAUUGAUGAAUUCAACAAUGUUAAGAUCUUCCCUAAAAUGCAGAAACUUCAAGAACGGGACUAUUUCAGAUACUACAAGGUUAAUCUGAAGAGACCCUGUCCUUUUUGGGCUGAUGAUGGCCAUUGUUCUAUCAGAGAUUGCCACGUAGAGCCUUGUCCUGAGAGUAAAGUACCAGUUGGAAUUAAAGCUGGAAGUGCUAACAAAUAUUCAAAGAAAGCAAACCAUACCAAAGAACUUGAAGACUGUGAACAAGCGAACAAACUGGGAGCAAUUAAUAGUACACUGAGCAACCAAAGUAAAGAGGCUUUCAUUGACUGGGCUAGAUAUGAUGAUUCACAGGACCAUUUUUGUGAACUGGAUGAUGAGAGGUCUCCUGAUGCUCAGUAUGUGGAUUUGCUGCUGAAUCCAGAGCGGUAUACUGGAUACAAAGGGCCCUCUGCAUGGAGAGUAUGGAACAGUAUCUAUGAAGAAAAUUGCUUCAAGCCACGAUCAGUGUAUCGUCCACUAAAUCCUCUGGCACCUAGCAAGGGAGAGGAUGAUGGAGAAUCUUUCUAUACAUGGCUAGAAGGUCUCUGUCUUGAGAAACGUGUAUUCUAUAAACUCAUUUCUGGACUUCAUGCUAGUAUCAACUUGCAUCUUUGUGCAAAUUAUCUACUUGAAGAAACUUGGGGGAGACCUCGUUGGGGUCCUAAUGUCAAGGAAUUCACCCAUCGCUUUGACUCUACUGAAACAAAAAGCGAAGGUCCAAGAAGGCUAAAAAAUUUAUAUUUUUUAUAUUUGGUGGAACUACGUGCAUUGUCAAAGGUCGCAUCAUACUUUGAGCGCUCAGUUGUAGAUCUUUACACUGGAAAUUCCCAGGAAGAUACAGAAACAAAAUCUCUCUUGUUAGAAAUCUUCAGAGACACAAAGUCAUUCCCUAUGCAUUUUGAUGAAAAAUCCAUGUUUGCUGGAGACAAAAAAGAGGCUAAAUCUUUAAAGGAAGAAUUCAGGUUACAUUUCAAGAACAUAUCCCGCAUAAUGGAUUGUGUUGGAUGUGAUAAGUGCAGGUUGUGGGGUAAAUUGCAGACACAAGGUUUGGGAACUGCUUUGAAGAUCUUGUUCUCUGAAAAAGAAAUAAAGAACCUUCCUGAGAACAGUCCAUCAAAAGGUUUUCAACUUACACGGCAAGAAAUAGUUGCUCUUCUAAAUGCAUUUGGAAGACUUUCUACAAGUAUACGAGAACUGCAGAAUUUCAAAGUUUUAUUACAACAGAGAAGUUAAUGAAGGCUUUUGUACUUGCUGGUAGAAGCAACCAUUGAUUUGAUAUUGGGAAGAAUGAAAUCAAUCUUUAUACAAACUGUUCUAAGGGAGGGAUGUAAUACCAACUUGAAUAUUUAAACUAGAAAAGAUUAGGCAUUGGACAAGAUAUUUAUGAAUGAAGUACCUAAUUUUAAACAUGUAAAUUAUGCUCAUCUACCACUAUUCUAUUCUUUCUCUUUGUGCAUAUCUUGUACCAUCAUUUGUUCUGAACGUUUAUUACGUUGUCUAUUCAGGGAUUCUUGCUUUACAUCAAACUGCACUAAUUUAAGUCAGACUGCAUUGUCCACAUGGAAAACCUUGCAGUGUCGCCUAAAAGUAGCUGGUUGUGAUAUUUUCAACUUUUAUAUAUAUAUCUGAAGGACCCGGUGCUGUUAAAAGAUUUUAUGUUUUGAUUUGUGUUAAUGGUAGCUGAAAUGGCCAGUAAGGAUUUUACUAAAAUUAAGCCCCUUGGCACCCAGGAGAGACCAGCAUUCUUUCAUCUUCACAGUUCAUUUUAUUUUUGUACUUGUUUCCUUGCCUCUUCUUAAUUUUUUGUUUCUCCAUAUCACAGUUGCCUUCUCUGUGAGGAGAAAGACUGGGUUAACUGUACUCCAGAGUCCCUCAGUUCUCAUUAUGUGUCCACUGAAGGGGUCUUUAGAGUUAAGUGCUGCUAGCUUGAAAUGCUUUGCUCAAGCCUGCUAUUGGCUCUUUACCAUGUAGCCAAACGUUUUUCUCUCAAUUUCUAUAGAGCUAAGAAAAAAUAUCCCACUUGCAAUCUUUCAAGAAUGACAUCCAUUCUCCCUGUUCUGGUAGUUCUAUAAUUCAAAUAUUUUAAGGGGAAUAAAAGCAAAAGACACCUUUCACAAACAAACAUUUUUUUAAAAGUGUCAGUUCUUGGAAUUUAAUACUGCAUAUUCUGCCUAUGCAAUAUCCCUUUGUAUCUUAAAAAAGUUAAACGAUGUCUAAUAAAACGGGUAUACUCUGCAAAAAUCUGAUCCUCCAUCAUUACCUACAAAGAGGAAUCUAAUUUAGUCACCACAGAAUAACAGCAAACAAAUAAUUUUUAAAAUUUUAAAUAUGAAGUAAGGAGUUCUGUAACUUCUGGUGGAGCAGCUUGCUUAGAAGCUGCCUGUAAUGUAAUAUUUGUACAGCAUGAAUGUCAACAUUGGUACAGUUAUAUAGAUUUGUACAUAAAUCUUGCUUUGAUAAGUAAAACAAUCUUUACAAAAUGAAUUAAAAGUGCUCUUAAACACUUCUAAA